AUGGACAUGCGUUUUCUACUGCUGGCAUUUGCCUUCAUCUACUUCAUCUCGUUGACGUUGGCCGCACCGAGACCGGCACCGGCUGUGAUUCCUGGAGCUAGUGAAAAUGAAAUUGAAGAGAACGUAGUGGAGGGCGUCAAGGAGGACAAAGAGGUCGACAAGGGCAUCGAUGAACUGGACCUCGAGUAUGGCCGCUACCUGCAGGAGGUGGUGAAGACUCUGGACGAGGAUCCGGAGUUUGCCAAGAAGCUAGAGAACAUUACUCAUGACCAGAUUAUGAACGGCCACGUUUCUCAGCAGAUUGCCUCAGUGGCACCUGAAGUGCGCAACAAGCUAGACGAACUGAAGCGCAUUGAGUUGGACCGACUGCGCAAACUGGCAAUGAAGGAACAUGAACUGGAGGAGGAGAUCGCCCGAGAACAGCAUGGCGACAACAAUGCCGCUCACGUCGACCACGCCAAUCCGCACACCUUCGAGGCGGAAGACCUUCAGAAGCUGAUCCUCAAAGCGACGCACGACCUGGAGGAGCUGGAUCGGAAACGGCGGCGAGACUUUAAGCAGUACGAAAUGGAGAAGGAGAUUCACUACCGCGAGUCGCUGCAGAAUCUGACCGCCGAGCAGCGCGUCGAGGCGGAGAAGAAGCACGAGGAGGUGAAACAGAAACACCAGAAGCACAAUCACAUCAACCACCCCGGCUCAAAGCACCAGCUGGAGGAGGUCUGGGAGCAGCAGGACCACAUGCCCAAGCAGGAGUUCGACCCGAAGGUCUUCUUUCAGAUGCACGACGUCAAUGGGGACGGCUUUCUGGACCAGGAGGAGGUGGAGGCAGUGCUGUCGAUUGAGGUGAAGAAGCUGUACAAUGAGAAGGACCCCAGCUACGACAAGAACGAGAUGAUCGAGGAGUACCACCGAAUGCGCGAGCACAUCUACAAGGAAAUUGACGCCAACCACGAUGGGCUCAUUUCGCGCAAGGAGUUCCUCGACUACACCAAAAGUCCGGAGUUUGAGAAAGACGACGGGUGGAAGGGCAUCGAGGAGGCGCCGGUGUACACCAAUGAGGAGCUGAAGCACUACGAACAGCAGCGACAGCAGCUGGCGGAUCACUACGCCAAGUAUGGCGCCUACCAGAUGCCCUACCACCCGAUGGACGCUCCGCCCUACGGACAACCGGUGUACUAUCAGCAAAUGCCCCAUCCGAAUGAUCCAAACUACGCAAUGCACCCCAAUGACCCUAACUACGGUCACCAGCAGCAGCAGCAGCAGUACCACCCUAACGGACAGCCGGUGCAGUACAUGAACAUCCACGCCGCGCCGCAGCACGUUCAGCAGCCGAUGCAGGUGCACCACGUGGAGCUGCCGCCGCAGCACUACGUCAACGGUCAGCCGCAACAGCAACAGCAACAAAUGCAGCAACAACCACAGCAGCACAUUGGCUACCAGGUGCACCCUGGUCAGCAGCAGCAGCAGUACAUGGGAAAUGUAACCUAA